AUGGCGCGCUCGCAUACCCUCUCUCGCCCUGAGCGUGGCCAGCCAUUGGCGCCGAUGUUAAACCCAGAUGGCGAGCCAGGCGAUCCCUUUGCAACAGGGCCGAAUUCGACGUCUGUGUUGCACCGCUGGUGGCAUUAUAUUUCUAUUAUAGCGACGUUUUGGGCGCCGCCGUCUCUGUUGGCAAUGUGCGGGCUCACGACAUCCACUGUGCGCCAAGCAUGGCGCGAAAAGAUUACCUUGUGUGGCAUUGCCUUAGUUCUGAUGGGUCUUAUUGCGUAUAUUACCGUGGGUCUCCAGCGCACGCUUUGCCCGAAGAGUCAGCGCGAUAUUUUUAUCAAGGUCAGCGAGGCGGGAGGCUACUUUGGCAUCCGUGGAGAGGCCCACGAGACAAAGGAAGGAUCGCCACGAAAUGGCGGUUCGAGGCUUCCUGCACAGGCUUGGGAUGUCCUCGACCGAAACCCUGGCGCAGACUUGACCAAGUACAUGGGCCAGCCAGCUAGCAAUUUCCCCGAAUGCCGUGACUUACAAGGCGCAUUUGCGCAACAGUCCUAUUGUGUAGACUGGCAAGGCCAGCUUGCUCCAUGCAUAGGCCAACUCACGCGCAAGAGCAUUGCGAGAAUGAACCUUGCAAACGCGGACAAGUUCAUUGGGUACGAGUGGACAGAUAUCGAAAAAGGCAACAAUCUUGUCGCGAUUGACGGCACAGUUGUAGAUUUUACCACCUACCUUGCUGGCACUCCCGACUCCAUUCCCAAUGAGCCUGUUGACUCUGCAAUUCGCGAAGCGGUCAACCGCACCGAGGUUGGGCCCGACGGGACACGCCUGUUUGUCAACGACCCUGCCACCAACGCCGCCAUCGAUUGCUUGAAAGCCAAGUACAUUGUUGGCCGGGUAAGCUACAUGUCUUCGGGAUGUUUUGUGGCCGAGAUUGUGUUGUAUAUUUCGCUAAUUGUUAUCCUGGGUAUCGUAUUGAUUCGCACUCUCAUGGCCGUUUGGUUCUUUUAUUUCGGUGCGCGCAUGCUUGUCACACUUCCACGCACCUCUCCAAAAGGAAAUACAAAUGUGAACCGGGUAAAUCACCGACUUUCGCACCACAUUCUUCCCGCAGACGCCACGGGUCGAGGACGCACAGCCUUGGCGCCGUGGGCCAAGAAAAAGGUCCGCACCGCGGGCUACAUUACGCCAAGUGCUGCAGCGCGUGGCCCAUCUGGAGAACGCGUGCCUGUACUUCCGGUUGAGGCGACACCGGCAAGUAUCGGGACGAACCCGUUUGUAAUAUGCCUAGUCACUUGCUACUCGGAAGGCUAUGAUGGAAUUAAUGCGACGCUCUCGUCGCUCCACGCAACAGAGUAUCCCGCCGGACGCAAGCUUUUGUUUGUCGUUGCAGACGGUAUGGUCACAGGUUCUGGCCAAUCAAUGAGCACGCCAGAUAUAUGUGUAAGCUUGAUGCAGCCGGACGCGCGUUUCGGUACACCCAUACCGAUGAGCUACCGCUCCGUGUCUUCUGGAGCGCAGGCGCAUAAUAUGGCGCUUGUAUAUGCCGGCCACUACGUCGACUCGGCUGGCGGUGAGCCUACGCCGAUGGUUGUAGUGGCCAAGUGCGGCACACCCCAAGAAGCAAGUUCCAAAAAGCCCGGAAAUCGGGGCAAGCGCGACUCGCAAAUGAUUCUGAUCAGCUUUUUGCAGCGCGUCACGUACAAUGACCCUAUGUGCCCUUUAGAGUACGAUCUGUUUCGCAAAGUACACGCACUGAUGAGUGUCACGCCAGACUACUUUGAGCUCUUGCUCAUGGUGGAUGCCGACACGAAAGUGUAUCCUCCCGCACUGCGCAUGCUUGCAAACGCCAUGAUUCAUGACGAGCUCAUAAUGGGUGCAUGUGGCGAAACGCGUAUCCAGAACAAGCUGCAAAGCUGGGUUACUGCCAUCCAAGUAUUCGAAUACUUUAUCUCCCACCACCAAGUCAAGGCAUUCGAGGCGGUGUUUGGUGGUGUGACCUGUCUUCCCGGUUGUUUUAGUAUCUACCGCAUCAAGGCGCGCAAGCAAAAUGCGGACGACUGGAUUCCUGUGCUUGUCAAGCCAGAAGUCACGCGUGAGUACAGCCAAACGGAUGUCGUCACGCUGCACCAAAAGAAUUUGCUGCUUCUCGGUGAAGAUCGCUUUUUGAGCACCCUGUUGCUUCGCACCUUUCCCCACCGGAAAAUGAUGUUUGUGCCGCAGGCCGUGUGCCGUACCGAAGUGCCACACACGUUUAAAAUGCUUCUCUCCCAGCGGCGUCGCUGGAUUAACAGUACCGUGCACAAUCUUAUGGAGCUGGUUCUUGUGCGCGAUUUGUGUGGUACUUUCUGUUUUUCGAUGCAGUUUGUCGUCUUCAUGGACUUGAUCGGUACUUUGGUACUUCCCGCAGCCAUCACGCUUACAUAUACACUUAUCGGUCUUGCAGCACGGAACCCCCCGAAAAAUUUUGCGGACGCAAUUCCUCUCAUCAUGCUAAUUUCCGUUCUCUUCUUGCCUGGUUUUGUAAUUGCGACGCUGCAUUUCAGACCGCCGUACCUUAUAUGGCUUCUCAUUUACCUCCUUUUCCUUCCCGUCUGGAACUUUAUUCUCCCUGUGUACUCUUUCUGGCACUUUGACGAUUUUACCUGGGGUGAAACACGCAAGGUGCAGGGCGAAACAAAGGGCGAUAGCCAUGCUGCUGAUGACGACGGAUACAUUGCGGCACUCAAGGUCCCAAUGCGGAAAUGGACUGACUGGGAGCACUCUCGUAUACGCAAACUGAAACGCGAUGAGCGCCGCCGCAUGGAGAUGGAGCAGCAGUUUGGCAAUCAGUUCUAUAAUGACAGCGCACGCGAUCCGAACGGCUAUCCAUUGCCCCCGCUUUUGAUGCAUCCUGCGAUCGAGGCAAACAGCGACGAGGUCUCGAUUCGCACCACCGACACGGACGAUGACCGCUGGGGCGACCAGGUCGGCGACUACGACGAAAAUCAAGCACCGCCCGAACUUCUUUCCUCGACACGUCCAAUGUCCUCGUACAUGACCCAAGACUCGUCCAUUUUCAAUGAGAAUGAUCUGGAAGACAUUCUUCAAGAUGGAUGGGGCGAUGAUGUGAAUCCAUUGCGUGCACCGAGCAAAGGACCAUUUCUAAGCAUUCCUAAUGAUUCCAUCGUUUCCUUGGACAGGGAAGAUAUCGACCCUCUUUCCAGCACAAAGUCCCCUACGGAAAUGCGCAGCAUUCUUGCCGCUUCCUACGAGCGUCCCGACACUGGCCCACUUUCGCCAAACCUAGGAGUCGACUCUGCUACCAACACUGGUACUUCAUCUGCUGUGGGGACUGCGCACAGUACCCAUGCUCGCAACCGUUCCUAUGGCAUUCUCCGCCUUGACAAUCCUUACGACAUGAGUCCUAAAUAG